AUGACUCCAAACACUUACACUGGACCCUUGUCUCGGUACUACUACACCGAAAUACAUCAAAGCAAAGGAAUAGAAAACUUUUACCCCACACAGACCUGGAAAACAAAUGAUUUGCUGCAAAAUUUCACACAGCUACUACUUCUACAAAAACCUUGCCCAAGAGGCUGGGAAACCUUGUUUUGGAAAAUAUGGCAUAAAUAUAAAAGAGACGAAAGAGGACAUCUGAUUGAGAUCCAAGACUUAUUUUGCCCAAGCCCAGAUACCCAGAAAGAGCCUCAACUUGUUGUAUUAGAGGGGGCGGCUGGCAUCGGGAAGUCAACGCUGGCCAGGCAGGUGAGGAGAACAUGGGAGGAAGGCCAGCUCUACAGAGAUCGCUUCCAGCAUGUCUUCUACUUCAGCUGCAGGGAGCUAGCCCAGUGCAAGCAGCUGAGUCUGGCUGAGCUCAUAGCAAAAGACCAGACUGUGCCUGCAGCUCCCAUCAAGGAGAUCCUGUCUCACCCUGAGAAGCUGCUCUUCAUCCUGGAUGGCAUAGAUGAGCCAGCAUGGGUCUUGGAAGAUAAGAAUCCUGAGCUCUGUCUGCACUGGAGCCAGACACAACCUGUGCACACACUGCUGGGCAGUUUACUGGGGAAAUCUGUCCUGCCUCAGGCUUCCUUGCUGCUCACAGCUCGAACCAAAGUUUUGAAGAAGCUCAUUCCUUCCUUGAGGCAGCCACGUUGGGUGGAAGUCCUGGGCUUCUCUAAGUCUGGACGGAAGAAAUACAUCUACAAAUAUUUCACAGAGAAAAGAGAAGCAAUGGCAGCUUUUAACUUGAUUAAAUCAAACCCAGAGCUCUCAACACUGUGUGUGGUACCCUGGGUGUCCUGGCUGGUCUGCACCUGCCUGAAGCAGCAGAUGGAUCGGGGAGAAGACCUCUCACUGACCUCACAGACCACCACAGAGCUCUACCUGAAAUACCUUUCCCAGGCUCUCUCAGGUUAUGCCCUGGGGAACCAGCUCAGAGCACUCUGCUCACUGGCUGCUGAGGGAAUCUGCCGAAGAAGGACCCUGUUCAGUGAGAGAGAUUUUCGGAUCCAAGGAUUGGCUGAUGGUGUCAUUGCCACUUUCCUGAAGAUUGGCAUCCUUCAAAAGCAGCUUGGAUCUCUGAGUUACAGCUUUGCCCACUUGUAUCUCCAGGAGUUCUUUGCUGCAAUGUUCCAUGUCUUAGAGAAUAAUGUGCUAAGAUAUGAUUGUGUGUAUAUCUACAGAAUUGUGGAAACACUGAAUGAAGUCUAUGGAAGAUAUGACCUGUUUGAGGCACCCACUGUGCGCUUCCUAUUUGGCCUUUCAAGUAUAAGAGGAGUAAGGGAAAUGCAGAAGAUCUUUGCCUGCAAUUUGCUUCAUGAGACAGGGUUGUCCCUGAAAUGUCACAUCUUAGCAGGAGCUGAAUAUGAUAAACAACGCUCUCUGGGUUUACUCCAUUGUCUGUAUGAGACUCAGGAAGAGGAGUUACUGACAUAUAUAAUGCACAGAUUUCCAGAAACAAGGGUACACACCUCAAAGUAUAUUCUAUGCCCAAUGUUCCAGCAAAAUAUUUACCACCUGGCUGUCCAGACAGAUGUGGAACUCAUGGUGGUCACUUUCUAUAUUAAAUUUUGCUGCCGUGUGAAGCGGCUCCAGCUGAAUGGUGAUGGACAGCAGGGACAAACACUGGUGGUUCCCCAGAUGAUUCUGUCCAGGUGGACUCCGAUCACUAAUUCCACUUGGCAGAUAUUCUUCUCCACUCUUGAGUUCUCAGGAAGUCUGCAGGACCUGGACCUAAGUGGAAAUCCACCAAGCUACUAUGCAGUGCGGAGUCUCUGUAGGACACUGAGAUGCCCUGGAUGUCAACUAAGGACAUUGAGGCUUGUCAACUGUGGCCUCAAACCCAGCUUCUGUAAGAACCUGGCCUCAGUACUCCCAUGUAGCUCCAGCCUGACUGAGCUAGACCUGCAGCUGAAUGACCUGAGAGACCAUGGUGUGAGGCAACUGUGUAAGGGACUAAGGAGUCCUGCUUGCAACCUCAGAAUUCUGUGCCAAGCACGGUUCAAGGGACCUGUGGACAUCUCCUGGUUCUGUGUGGCCCACUUUAAAGAACAUGGGAUGGUCCUAGAAGUGCCAGCCAGAGUGGAGCAGUGCUAUACAGUCUUGGAAAAUCCAAGCUUCUCCCCAAUGGGAGUUCUACUGAGAAUUAUGCCUGCUGUCAGACAUUUCAUCCCCAUCACUUCUGUCACAUUGAUCUACUAUUACCUCAAUAUCAAGGAAGUCACCCUUCAUCUUUACCUGAUCCCCAAUGACUGGACCAUUCAGAAGGCCAUUGAUGAACAAGAAAUGAGGUUUCAGUUUGUUCGAAUACACAAGCCACCCCCAGUAGACUCUCUUUACAUUGGAUCACGAUACAGAGUGUCUGGUUCCAAACACCUGGAAAUCUUUCCAAAGGAACUGGAGCUGUGCUACCGGAGCCCCAGGGAAUGUCAGCUCUUCUCUGAGAUAUAUGCUGGCCACAUGGAUUCAGGGAUUAAACUGCGUAUCAGAGACAAGAAGAAUAAGAAUCUCAAAUGGGAAGCCUUGCUGAAACCAGGAGACCUCAGGCCUGCACAGCCCAUGAUCCCUACAGCCCACAAAGAUGCUCCUGCCUUGCUACACUUCGUGGACCAGCAUCGGGAGCAGCUGGUGGCCCGAGUGACAUCAGUAGACCCUCUCUUGGACAAGCUGCAUGGUCUGGUGCUGAGUGAAGAGCAGUAUGAGGCAGUGCGGGCUGAAGCCACCACCCAAGACAAGAUGCGGAAGCUCUUCAGCUCUAGCCGGUCAUGGACCAGGGCCAGUAAAGACCAAGUCUAUCAAGCUCUAAAGGAAACACAUCCUCAUCUCAUCAUGGACCUCUUUGAGAGGUCAGGUGGUGUCUCUGUGGGAUCUUGA